ACGCGUCAUGAGACUUUGGGUCCAAAUGCGGUAUUUGUAAAACAAUGAAUUGACGUCAUAAACAUCGCACGUUUUUUCCUCAUGCUCUGGCCAAUAUUUUUUUUUCUACAAAACCUAUGAUUUGGAAUAAAAAAAAUAAAUGCCAAUCAAUUUUUCCCGUAAUUUAAAAGUAGACAUUGAAAAUCAAGUGUGUAAUUAUUUCAGUUUUGUGCUCUCUCUCGUUUAACUAAUUUACAGUGGAAAAUAAACAUGCGUUCGUGUAUUUAGUACAUGCAACGAAAGCGAAAGUAGAAAUUUUAUCUCCCUUGUCAAAACAUCACUUCCGUUGUCAGAGUAAACUAUCUUCUGCUCAGUAUUAUGUCGAUUGUUAUUACCUUGUGUACAUAUAAAAUGGCAGUAUGAGCCAAAGCAGUGUGUUAUCGAGGGCAAGCACCAUCCCCCCUUCCAUAAUAGACCAGGACGACGACGAGUUUAACGAGGAAAUAUCACAGGUUAAUGAUUUAUUUUUUGGAAAUGUGGAAGUACAUGACGGUCUUGAAUGUUCGGGCAGUCUCUCUGAUGAAAGUGAUAGCGACACAAACGAAGAGUGUGAUAGCGAAAUAAACAACAAUGACUUUGAGAUAUCAGAUUCCGACAUAAGAGAAACGUUGGGUGUGGAGAAUUUUUUUGCUAACACCUGUGGAUGCACAAGACUAUACGGUUGGCCAUGCAGCUCUGUUGUGGAUAGGAGUGUUUAAUGUGUGUUUAGAGACAGAAAAAGCAGAGUUAGAUAUGCUGAUAAAGGUACAGCUCUUUCAUCACAGAAAUAAUUCCACAGAGACGUGUGCAAAAAAGCAUAAGACCAAAGAAAGGGAAAGGGUGAGGCAGGGGUACCAUUUCAGUGGGGUCCAGGUCUGCAGAGAAACAUUUGCGUUUGUCCAUGGUAUUGGUAGAAAACAAGUCGAUUCCAUUGCUAGAUCCCUGGAUCAAGAUGGGCUUGGUGCUAGGAGACACGGCAACACUGGAAAAUUACCAAAACACGCCUUAACAAUGGAGGAUGUCAAGAGAGUCAAACAAUACCUUAGCUAUGCGAACAAAUUUGGACUUCCUCUGCCUGGCAGGUUACCAAAUUUUAGACAUGAAAAAACUGUUUUAUUGCCAUCUGACAAGACAAAGGCAGAUAUUCACCAAGAAUACCAGGCACUUGCAGAUGAGAUGUCACUGAGAAAAAUCUCCUUAUCACAAUUCAAAACUAUUUGGCUUGAGCAAUGUCCAAAUAUCCUAAUAAUGAAGCCCGCAACUGACCUUUGCCACAGAUGCCAAUCCUUUGCAACAACACUUUCAGCUAGUGGCAACUUGAAUGAAGAGGAAAAGGAGGAAUUAUUAACCAAGUAUCAAACACACAUUGACCAUGUGAAGACACAGAGGGACCAUUACAGGGAUCAGUGUGCUGCAGCCAAGUCAAUAUUUAGCCAACUCAGUCCAGAACAACAAUUGAGAGGCCAGCCACCAUGUACCUUGAAGGCCCAAUGGCAUUACAGUUUUGAUUAUGCGCAACAGGUGCAUUACCCUCACUACGCACAGCAAGUUGGGCCCUUGUUUUUUAAAACACCAAGGAAAUGUCAAUGCUUUGGCAUUUGCUCUGAGGGAUCAGGUACCCAGAUAUUUUAUCUCGUGGAUGAAGCUCAGCACUCAAAUAAUGGAGCAAACACAGUAACCAGUAUGCUGCACCACCAUUUUAUGUACCAUGGUCUUGGAGAAGUUGAUGUUAAACUUCACAUGGAUAAUUGCAGUGGACAAAACAAGAACAAUACAGUCAUAGGGUAUGGUCUUUGGAGAGUAUUAGUUGGAUUACAUGAAUCAGUUGAAUUCUCAAUGAUGGAAGCAGGCCAUACAAAAUUCAACCCAGAUUGGCAUUUUGGUUUAUGGAGAGUCAAAUGGAGGCCCUCAAAAGUUGAAACAUUAGAGGAAAUUGCCACCAGUGUAGCCAGAUCUUCCAGGAAUGGCCAUAACAUUCCACAGUUAGUGGAUGACCCUGAUGCACCCCUUUUCUUUUAUGACUGGGCUACCUUCUUCAAGAGGAUUUUUAAACCAGUACCCCAUCUGAAGUCUUACCAUCAUUUCAGAAUAGACAAAGACCAUCCUGGUACUGUGUUCUUGCGAGAGUACGCAGAUAGUCCCGAGGUGGCUGUAAACAUCCUCAAAGCUGGUGCUACAGUGGAUCCAAAUGCUCUUCCUACUUCGAUUCCUCCCAAGGGUCUAGAUGCACACAGGCAGUGGUAUCUGUACGAAGAAGUUGCUCCAUAUUGCGCGAACAAGGAAAGUUGCCCCAAACCAGCUGUCUGUAAACCCAUCAUCAAGAUGGAAUCUCCUUCACUGACUCGAAAGUGCAGUAAAUGCAAAAUGACUGGACACAAUAAAUUAAAUUGUAGAAACUAGUUUUUCAAUAUGACCUUUUAUGAUCUUUCUAGUCUUGUUAAAACUUAUUGAGAUUUUAAUUUGUUAUUUGCCAUUUUUGCAUAAUCUUUUCAUGUUUUAAUGUUUUUUCCAACAUUAACCUAUUAAUUGAUAAAAGCAUAUAAUUAUUAUGUAAAACAAAGCUUUGUGUUCUUGUUUCUUUAAAUUUAUUUGAUAACAUUGAACAAUCAAAUGGUUGAAAUGUUCUACAUUGUAUUUUUUAAACCAAGAACUCAUUUGUUUUAAAGGAACUGUAACAGUAUCUCAAAAACUGCAGUGUUGCACAAAACAGCAUAAUAACCCAAUUAUAUGAUGGUCUUUGUGACGUCAUAAUUCUAAAAAUAGUAUGCCAAUGAGAGUAAAACUUCACUGUAGUAUAUUUGGACACCUAAGCUUUAAUAUUAAGCAAAAAUCUCAUUUUUGAAAAAUUCCUCAUUUGGACCCAAAAUGUCAUGACUGGUCA